UUUGUCUUCUUCACCCACAUCAACAAAACACCGAAAUUCAAACCCUUCUCCUUUGGUUUUCACUCUGUAACCUUCAGUGCAGUUUUUUCUCUGCAAAUUUUGAGGCCACUGGUGAAGGAAAAAAAAAAUGAGUGAAAAUCUGAUGGGAAGAGUGAACGCUUUGGGGGAGCGUCUGAAAAUCGGUGGAGCCGAAGUGGGUCGGAAGAUGAGUGCUGGAAUGAGUUCUGUGAGCUUCAAAGUGAAAGAGUUUUUCCAGGAUUCAACCCAUGCUGAUAAGCUCGUUGGGGAAGCUACCUCUGAGACCCUUCACCACCCUCACUGGCCCAUCAUUCUUCAUCUCUGUGACUUGGUCAAUGGUGAUCAACUUAACACUGCUGAAGUGGUGCGUGCAAUAAAGAAGAGGGUUGUUUCCAAGAGUCAUAGAACUCAGUAUCUGGCUCUGGUUCUGCUUGAAGCACUGGUCAAGAACUGUGACAAGGCUUUCUUGGAGGUGGCAACUGAGAGAGUCCUUGAUGAGAUGGUGAAGCUCGUUGAUGACCCUUGCACUUUUGUUCAUACCAGGAACAAGGCUUUGAUGAUGAUUGAGGCAUGGGGAGAGUCCACCAUUGAACUUCGCUAUCUUCCUGUCUAUUCACAAACUUACAAGAGUUUGAAAUCAAGGGGGAUUCGAUUCCCUGGUCGUGACAACGAAAGUUUGGCUCCAAUUUUCACUCCACCUCGUUCUGGCACUGCUCCAGAGGCAGAUGUGAGUCUUGAACAUCUUAUGCAGCACAAUGUACGAAGUUUUUCGCCUGUUGCUCCUUCUCGUUCCGCCACUACUUCAGGGAGUGAUGUCAGUCUUGCAAAUCUGAUGCACCAUGAAGUUCAUGUCAAAAAUCUUACUUCUCAACAAACAGAGGAAGCUUUUGAUGUUGCGAGAAACAGCUUUGAGCUUCUUUCUACUGUCUUAUCUUCUUCAACGCAGAAGGACGUUGUAAAGGAUGAUUUGGUUACGACAUUAGUACAACAGUGCCGACAGUCCCAGAUUACUGUCCAUAGAAUCAUUGAGACUUCAUGGGACAAUGAAGCGCUGCUUUGUGAGGCCUUGAACAUAAAUGAUGAGAUUCAGAAGGUUUUGAAGAGAUAUGAAGAAAUGAUGAAGAAGAAGAAGAAGCAUGAACCUGAAGGUGAUGAGGCACCACAUUUUAGAGAAGAGAAAGCCCUGGUUAGAAGAAGUGGAAGUUCAAGAAGUGGAAACAGAGGAAACCAGGAUGACAUGUUGGAUGAUCUUGAUGAGAUGAUAUUUGGGAAAAGGGGUGGUUUUGAUGAAGAACAAUAUCCAAAGAAACAACAUUCAUCAACAAAAGAUGAUCUCAUCUCCUUCUAAGUUCACGCUACAACAGAGUUUCAAUUUUUAUUACAACACUACGUUUGAUUUUGUUGGUUCUGUUUUCGUUUUAUAUAUGCUGUUUAUGAACCAAUG